ACCUGCCGAUAGUUAACGCGAGUACUUAUCGAUAACAAGGAAAAAGCAAAUAUAGAACAACUGCCCAUCCCUGGCUAAGCGUCGCAGGCACUUUUAGUGCUUUAUUUUCGCACAUUUUCGGCAUUCGUAGCAACGCUGAAAACAACCAUUUUUUGGCGUGUGUGUAGCCGCUUGGCGUAGUGAAGCGAGGCAUAUUUUCUUUAAAACAGCCCCGGCGUCUCGCUUUUUUUCUUACUAAAAUCGGCAAGCGAGUGCAACACUCAACGAAAAAAACAUGUCUGACGAAAAGAAAGGAGGCGAAACCGAGCACAUCAAUCUGAAGGUGCUUGGUCAGGAUAAUGCUGUCGUCCAAUUCAAGAUCAAGAAACACACACCUUUGCGCAAACUGAUGAACGCCUAUUGCGACCGCGCCGGACUGUCCAUGCAGGUGGUACGGUUCCGCUUUGACGGUCAGCCAAUAAACGAGAACGACACUCCUACCUCGCUGGAGAUGGAGGAGGGCGAUACCAUCGAGGUGUACCAACAGCAAACUGGCGGCAACGCUUAUUAAAUAUAGUUAAGCUAGUUACUCUUCAUUUUUACGACUAAUGCAAAUAAGAGCAUAAACAUAUUGUACGAAACAAACAAAAAAUAAAUACAAUUAGUAAUCGGCUUAUCAGCACAUACAAAACGCCAAUAACAAUAGAAGAGAACCAACAGCAUACCCGAAAAAUAAAACAUUCUAUAUUCUAUGAUUUAAGACAUCAA